AUGAACUUUAACAUUUCGAACAUUUAGUUGGCUUCACUUUAACUGUAGAAGCUACAAGAAUAAUAAAUUAAUAGUUCUAGAUUCAAUUCUACAUAAAAAUACAAUUCAAGCUCAAAAUAUAAUAGCAAUUCAAAGUAGGCUUAUAAUUAAGAGUAUAAUUCAGUAUCAAAAUAUAACUCUGCAUCAAAUUACAGCAGCUUAUUGAGCGAUGCCAAAUCACCUUGCCCAGCUAGAAUGCAUACUUUAGAAAAUGAAAACAAAUAAAUUAAUGGAAUUUAUAAAAGAAGAGCUUUUAUUAAUCAUUAAAAAGAGCUUAUUUUGAAAGACUUGAUUAGAAAGGACUACAACCCAUAUUAGAUUCCUCCUGAUUGGAAAGCAGCAGAAAAACAUGGAUAAGCAAGAAAAGUUGGAAUAGAUAGGAGACCUUCCCCAAAUGUCCCUUUAGAAUAUGAUAUUUGUCCAUGCUGUAAAUAUCAAAUAUAAAAAGAAAUGAUUAGCAUAUGGGAAGACCCUGCAAAAUUAUCAUUUUUAGGUUCAGGAUAUCCUCUAUUUUUUAAUUAUAUGGAAUACUGCAUUUAUAUCUUAGUAGUUAUCAUUAUUUCUUCUGGAGCUUUUAACAUUUUUACUAAUUUUUAUGGCCACAGCUGUGAUAAAGUAAGCGAAAAUAGAGCUUCAAACGACCAUACUUGUCAAGCAGAUUGGAUUUCUAUAUUUUCUCUUGCUAAUAAAAGCUAACAAACUGCAGAUAUUUAAGAGCUCCUAAACUUCUUUACAAUAUUCACUUUGAUGAUACUGCUUAUUUUCUUUAGAAAAAAUUAAAAAGAGAUUGAUCUAAAAUGUGAUGAAAAAGAACUCACACCAUCAGAUUUUACUAUUAUGAUUAAAGAUAUACCUCAAAAUGUGAGUAAGGAAGAGUUAAUAGAGUUCUUUGAAAGCAAUGUCGAAGGCUAAGAAAAAAUCGAAGUCAUGGAAAUCAGCUAUGUCUAUGAUACUAGAGACGUAGAUGUUUUAAAUGAGGAAAUCGAUAAUAUAGUAGAAGAAAAGAAAAAAGCAUUAUCAAAAUUAGAUCCAUAUUCCUAAGAAUUCAGAGAUACUGCUGAUAAGUUUGAUAUGGAGAUUAAAAUGCAGCACAAAGAAAUUUAAGAAAAAAUGAUGGAACUUUCAUAAGAUUAAACAAAGUUUAGUGGAUAUGCUUUUGUUUCAUUUUAAACAGAAUCUUAAAAAUCUUAGAUUUUAGAUACCGCAGAUAAAUCAUUCUGUGAUGAACUUUAUGAAUCUAUAUUUUCAUAAUCAUCCGAAUUCAAAAAUUUACCUUUUAAGGAUACAGUCAUAAAAGUUUCUGAAGCUCCAGAACCUCUAGAUAUAAUAUGGGAAAAUAUGAACAAAACAGAUAAUGAAAAGGCAAAUAUUAGAAUGUUUAGCUUCUUUGUUACAGUUACUUUGCUUAUUACUUGUGCUUAUGCAAUUUACCAACUUACUAUUUACUAAGAAAACUAAGCAAAUUAAUAAGACCAGUCUUAGACUAAGGAUUCCACAGAAUCAUCAGAAAUUGAGAAAUUUUUACAAGACCAGUAUCAAAGUUUAAUGAUAACUAUUGCAAUUAUGGUUAUCAACUCAGGUAUCAUUGGUUAUGUCUUUAGGUAUUUAGUUACAAUAGAGAGCUACAAUACACAUACUCUCUAUAAUAUUAAUCUUGCCUAGAAGUUAUCUCUUGCACUCUUUACAAAUAGUGCUUUGAUUACAUGCCUUAUUAGUGUUAUUUAUACAGAAAAUGUGUUUGGAAAAGGUGGAUUAAUUUAUACAAUAUUUUAUUACUUCACUAUUGAUACUUUAACUUCUGUAAUUUCUUGUUUCCUUGACUACUCAAUCAUAUGGAAUAAAUUUUUAAAGUGGUGGUAUAUUAACGUCUAGGGCAAAAAGUGUUUGAUGACCUAAAAAGAAGCAAACGAGCUUUGCUAGUUACCUGAUCAUGAGAUAGAAGGUUGUUAUGCUGAAAUUAUGAAUACAAUGUAUAUAACUAUUUUUUACUCACCUGCAGUUCCUUUGGGCUUAUUCUUUUCCCUUAUUGGAAUUUUCCUUUAUUUCUGGGUAUAAAAGUAUAUCUUACUCAGAAUGAAAUCGGUUGAGAAGUAAAUUAGUGUAAAGCUCUCUAUUGAAAUGACUGAAUAUCUUGAAUACGUUAUUUCAAUUUAUGCAGUAUCUAAUGCUUUAUUCAAGUGGUAAACAGUAGGAGGCUUCCCAACUUUACAAAUAGUUGGAGCUGUUAUUGGAUUUGUAUACUCAGUCUUGCCCAUCUAGUUGUUUGUUGAUAAAGUUUUUGACGCUGAUAACGAUGAUGAAGAGUGUCCUUAUUAUAAAGCUAAGCACUAGUUUGUUACAACUUACUCCAGAACUAAUCCCGUUACUGCAUAUAAUUAUAUUGACAAUGAUAACGAAGAAUUAUAAGAUUAAAACCUUUGA